UCUUCCCCCUCCCCCCAGAACCAUUCUCAGGAUGGUAGCGGUCUGUGUGUGUGUGGUGGAGGACAGUGACAACAUAGCGACCCAACAACAGCAGCAGCAGCAGCCAUGGAGGAGGGGGCCACUCCCGACCCAGAGUUUGUGGAUGUGGACCAGGGCAUGACGCUGGCCUGUGUGGCCUUCCUCUGCCUUCUCCUGGUGGCCAUGAUCAUCCGCUGUGCCCGGGUCAUCAUGGACCCCUACAGCGCUAUACCCACCUCCACCUGGGAGGAGCAGCACCUGGAUGACUAGUGGGAACCAGCUGUGCUGUUACACAUAUAGGCAUGUGUGUGAGGGUGCAGACGC